AUGCCCAAGGAGCACUUGAGCUCUUUGGCUCCUCGUGUUGCCUUGCUCUGCGAGGGUUCGGCUUUCAAGAAGAUUGCCCGCCUAGACGCGGCCAAGCUGAAAGUUUCAGAUACCUCGGGUGUUGAACUGAUUGUGAAGACCUUGGGCGGGGCGGGGGGUCAAACAGUCUUGGAGGAGAAGUAUGAGCAGUUCGAGAAGGCUAUAUUUGGGACUGUACAACGCAGUGACGAGACCCAUGACUCGUACCUGGCUCGUCACGACAUCCACUUUGAGGAGCUUCUGGCUCAGAGCAUCACGUUUGAGGAGCUCCGUUCGUAUGUCUUGCUUCGCCAAUCGCAGCUUAGCAGCGAUGACAAGAAGCGUAUCGUGGUUGAGCACAGCGGAAAGCUGACCUACGACAAAGUGAAGGCCUCAAUUCGACUACUGGGAUCACGAUUCUUUGGGGAACUUCAAAGACAGAGAGCGAACCAACGGACCAAGGUGUAUGAUGCUAACACUUUGGAGGAGUGUAUUCCUGAAGAAUCAGAGAGAGCCUAUCAGGCCGCCUCGGUCCCAGGACCGACGGGAGGCGACGAUGCCGACAACGAGCUGGAGCCGAAGUUCUUGGAGGCCAUGUUGGCCAUCGAGGACCAGGACGCGUUGCAGGUUCAGACUUUUGAGGAGGAAUUGGAAGGCUAUUUCCAGGAAACAGCAGACCUGCAAGAGGCCUUGGUGAGCGGGAAGACCGGCCGUGGCUUCAACAAGGGCAAGGGCCGCGGCAAAAGCGGCCGAGACCAGCUCCUGGCGCACAUAGCGCGCAGCGUGUGCCGCGCUUGCGGCGAAAAGGGCCAUUGGAAAGCAGAGUGUCCCAAGUAUGGACGCCCGGGAUCCAUGAGCGGCGGCAAGGGUGAAGCGAUCACCACGGUUGCCGAAGUGGUUCAGGAGACCUAUGGCCCACCUUCUUCCUCGACAUCGGGACAUCAAGCUCUGCUCACCGAAGUGCCUGAGGACGCCUACAACUUGCAAGAGGCCCACUUCGUAAUCAACCAAAGCCCUAAGCCUGGUGCUCUUAGCAACCUUAGUCGGUUAGUUCAGAAUCUGAAAGCCCGUGAGUAA